AAUCGGCGGCGCAAAUGUGAGGCCGGGUCUGCCGAUGACCCGCGUUUCCGGUGGAGCUUGCGAGGUUCUCCGAGGAGUAUCACAGUUCCCCGUAGCCUUAAGUGGUUCUAGGAAGAACUUGUGUUCAUGACUUCUCGGGCAUGUCGCGACGUGAACGCAAAGGAAGGCCAGCCAUGCAUCCUUGGCUACACUGUGGGCAAUGACAUAUCAUACUGUUUGUAUCAGCUUCCGGAACAGCGUGGGCGUCAAUUCUACUUUGCCAAGGCCUUCGACGUGUUUGCCCCUAUCGGGCCAACGCAUGUACGCCCGGAGGUCAUUGGGCAAGGGGAACGCCUCAAACUCAUUACACGUCUAAAUGGAGAGACUGUGCAAGACGCAGAGUUUAUGAAAGAUCUCAUAUGGAAACCAGCCGAGAUAUUAAGUUGGAUGAGCCAAGGCAUGACUAUCCCUUCUGGGAGAGCAGUCAUGACUGGAACGCUAGCAGGUGUUGGAGUUUUGAAGAACCCUCGCCGUCUCUUGAGGGACGGAAACAUUGUUGAAGUGGAGAUCCCCAACGUCAGUGUGUUGACAAAUAAGACUAUGUUUGAAUAAGGGAUUCAUUAGCCUCCAAUCAGCAACGCAUAGGGAG